AUGGCAAAGACGCUUUCAUGGGACGACGUCAAGUGGAGAUCUUCCAUACGAGUUUUCUCCUCAAUUUUAAAAUAUCACAUCUCGUUAACAUUAUCUCUAUCAAUUUUUAAUCUUGUUUUGUUUAACAUCUUCAGAUUCCUCAUUUCAUCAAAUAAAUCUCCUAUAAUUAAUUUAUGGAACUCAUUCUUCAAUUUAUUCCCGUCGUUCUUCUUUCUACUUCUAUCUCUCUGUUUCAGACACAUCUCAUUCAAAGGCUCUUUUGUUCGUUCAAUGUAUUUGGAUUUUUGUUCAUUCAUUUCAAAUUUCUUAAUGGUUUUCGCAAUCAUUUUAACCGCAAACACCUUGAUUAAAAUCAAAAUCACAGAACCAAGACUUUUCUUUGUACUUUUAGGAUGUUUUCUCAAUUAUUUGAAAGUUCGGAAACAAAACACAGAUGUGUGUAAAGUUUUGGAUAAACAGAAUAUAACCACCGUGCAUCUGGGUUCCUUUUUUUUCCAAGGCUUUUUCAACUCGCUACUAUCAUAUUUUAUCACGCUACUAUUUUUUUCAUUUUUGAAUAUUUUGUAUUUUUUAUCCUCAUUUUUAAGCUCGUCGUUCCCCAACGUCGAGGCCUACAAGUACAGGAACUUCCUCACACACUUCUGCUACGAUGUUAACGCACUCUUAUCUAAACUUCCAUACACCACCAACUACUACCACUUCUCAUUCAACUUCAUUGAGGGUUUGGAGUUGUUUUUGGCGCAGGUGUGGAUUUUAUCACUAUCAGACUACUAUUUGGAUAAAAUGAACCUCGAAUCGACACAUAUGGAUUAUUAUAUCAUGAAUUACAUUGAUGAAAUGCCCAUACACAAUGUGUCCAACAUUAACGAUGAAAUGUUAUAUGCUAGAGCUGCAUAUAAUUACACUAAAGGAGUUUCAUAUACACUCAAUAACAUGAAUAUGAAGUAUGUGUCGAAUCCAAUAUCGUUCAAGUACCAGAAUGAUUGGACACUUAACGGUCACAGACAGAGUUAUCAUCCUUUUGAAAGAGUUCCUAACUCAAGCUUCUUUCAAAAGUCAACGCCAAACAACACGUACACACUAGAGGCUAAGAAAGAUAGGUACCAACUUGACCCAGUUGUGUAUAAAAUGUUAAUGGACAAGACAAAGAACUUUUGGUCAAAUUACGUGCAAUCAUGCCUAGAAACAAUGGAUGAAAGUAGCCAAAACCUGCACCACCUAAUAGAUUACCCGUUUUCCAGAGAACAUAAGAUUAAUAUUCUGGAAAACAACAUGCACCAGUUUAAUCUGCACCAACAUCAAAUGGGUUUUUACACCUCUUUCCAAUCAUUUCUAUUAUAUCUGGCUUCAUAUUUCAAGUUCUUUCAUCCCUCAAAAUCCCUUUCAAACAACUUGGUGAAUAUGUUGUUGCUGUGUAUAGUAUAUUUAAGAGGAAUAACGUCGUGGUUAUGUAUCGCAAACAUGAUUGGCCAUAGUCAAGACAGUGUCAAGAUUGUGGCGAAGGAUGUUAUAGUCCAAUCAUUGAGGAUCCACAGGGCACUUUCUAACUUAAACCUAACAACGAUACCUUCGAACAUCAAGAGUUACAUCGAAACACUCAAUAACGAUAUUAAUACUACGUUGAAGAGACUUGCAGUUUACACCGAAACUCUUAUCUACUCAAAGUUCGAUACCAACUUUGAUACCUAUAGACUCAUGGAACAUCUCUACAACAAUCGCAAAUUAUCAACAUAA